ACCCCUGUGUUUUCCCGCAUUGGCCGAGAAUAUGGCUUGAGGUAGGCCCAGGGUUUAAGAAGGGAGCUUGCUAUGUGGGCACACACAGGAGAGGUGUAGCUGACCCAGAAAAGCCACCGUAAGUAUGCACAUAAAUAAAACACAGAGUUGAGGGAAAGAAGAGGCCUGGCUAGUGUGUUGGGAUAUCAGUCUCACAGACAUGAAAGAAGGCCUUCGAAGACAAGAUGAUGAAGCUGAUACCCCAGGUCGUUCUCAAAGAGAUGUUAUAAUGGAUCAUCAUGUUUCCACCAUCAAACCCCGAAGAAUCCAAAAUCAGAAUGUCAUUCACCGCUUAGAACGCCGGCGCAUCAGCUCAGGAAGGGCGGGGGCCCACUGGCAUCAGGUCCGGGUGUUCCACCAGAAUGUCUUCCCUAACUUCACCGUCGUCAACGUUGAGAAGCCUCCUUGUUUCUUGCGUAAAUUCUCACCUGAUGGGCGCUACUUUAUUGCUUUUUCUUCUGACCAGACAUCUCUUGAGAUUUAUGAGUACCAGGGCUGCCAGGCAGCCGAGGACCUCUUGCAAGGCUAUGAAGGGGAGAUCUUGUCCAAUGGCAAUGACCAGCGGUCAGUCAGCAUCCGAGGCCGGCUUUUUGAACGUUUCUUCGUCCUGUUGCACAUUACCAAUGUUGCAGCCAACGGUGAGCACUUGAACCGGGAGUGUAGCCUCUUCACUGAUGACUGCCGGUGUGUCAUCGUGGGUUCCGCUGCCUAUCUCCCAGAUGAACCGCACCCUCCUUUCUAUGAGGUCUAUCGGAACAGUGAGUCCGUGACCCCCAAUCCACGGUCCCCUCUGGAGGACUAUUCCCUUCACAUCAUUGACCUUCACACGGGCCGUUUGUGUGACACGCGCACCUUCAAGUGUGACAAAGUGGUCUUGUCACACAACCAGGGGCUGUACUUGUACAAAAACAUCCUGGCCAUCCUGUCUGUGCAGCAGCAGACCAUUCACGUCUUCCAGGUGACGCCUGAAGGCACAUUUAUCGAUGUUCGGACCAUCGGCCGCUUCUGCUAUGAGGAUGACCUGCUCACGGUGUCAGCCGUUUUCCCGGAGGUGCAGCGGGACAGUCAGACAGGCAUGGCCAGUCCCUUUAGGGACCCUUUCAUCAAUUCCCUGAAGCACCGCCUGCUGGUGUACCUGUGGCGCAGAGCAGAGCAGGAUGGGAGCCCCAUGGCCAAGAGGCGUUUCUUCCAGUACUUUGACCAGCUGCGGCAGCUGCGCAUGUGGAAGAUGCAGCUGCUGGAUGAAAACCAUCUGUUCAUCAAAUACACCAGCGAGGACGUAGUGACCCUGCGGGUCACAGACCCGUCUCAGGCCUCCUUCUUCGUGGUGUACAACAUGGUGACAACAGAGGUGAUCGCAGUGUUUGAGAAUACAUCUGAUGAGCUGCUGGAGCUCUUUGAGAACUUCUGUGACCUCUUCCGCAAUGCCACCCUGCACAGUGAAGUCCAGUUUCCUUGUUCCGCCUCUAGCAACAAUUUUGCACGGCAGAUCCAGCGCCGGUUCAAAGACACGAUUAUAAAUGCCAAGUAUGGAGGCCACACGGAGGCUGUGCGUCGGCUGCUAGGCCAGCUCCCCAUCAGUGCCCAGUCUUACAGUGGCAGCCCCUACCUGGAUUUGUCUCUCUUCAGCUACGAUGACAAGUGGGUGUCAGUCAUGGAGCGACCCAAGACUUGUGGAGAUCACCCAAUCAGGUUCUAUGCCCGAGACUCUGGCUUGCUGAAGUUUGAGAUCCAGGCAGGCUUGCUGGGCCGCCCCAUCAACCACACAGUGCGGCGCCUCGUGGCCUUCACCUUUCACCCUUUUGAGCCGUUCGCUAUUUCUGUGCAGAGGACUAACGCAGAAUACGUUGUCAACUUCCACAUGCGACACUGCUGUACCUCGCUGCCCCACCACAGCCGCGCUGCCCAGGACUUCGCCCCUGCUUGACGCCCUGGACUCCAGAGCAAGAGCCGCUGGCUGCUGGCUUUGGGGAUUCCAGACUGGAAGCCCUCCCUCACCUAAGACAGAGCCUGAGAGGCACGGAGGACGGGGUGCAACCUGGUGGGCCUUGGUUUUCCCGUUACCCGGCUGGUCGUUUUUAAAGUUUUCUCGCUUUUCCCUGUGGGAACACCUAGCAUUAUGUCCAUUCUAUUUUGUUUACUUAGCAUUUUAUGGCUGUGAAGAUAGAAGCGUUACACCUUCCCCUGGGUGCCACUCUUUGGCAUUCCGGUCUGAAACCUGCAGCAGGUGAAUCAUGUUUACUCCUGAGAAUUAUGUACUCCUUUCCACUUCUCCGACAAGCAGGGCUCUUUAUAAGAGAAAAUAA